GACAGUGGGGACAGAGUUUUGCAUCCCAAAUCAUUUUCUUAAAAUCUAUUACUUUUCUGUCGAAUUCUCGAACCAAUCUUUCCGACUACCGGAAACUUCAACUAACACGUUGAGCCCCGUGUUGAACCCUGGACUGAUGUAGAGCUUUUCGACAGAAAAACGUAGAUCGCUGGGACUAAAUAAGUUACAAAAUAAGGAAAUAUGAAAAGCGUAGCAAGAACAAUUUGAGGAUCAACGUGUUAAGGCUUGAAAUGUGUACCCCUCGUAAACAAUGCCGCAUCUGCUAACGUCAGCGUACCAUCAAAUAAUUCCAAGAUCAUUCUAGAAAUAUGAGUUGCAUGAGAAAAACGUGUGUUUCAUAAUUUUCUAUUCUAAUUAAUCUUAAGUUCAUCGUCAAUCAAAAAUUUGACCAAUUUUCACUACAUAUUUCAAUAAAAAAGGAAACUAUCAAACACAACAAACAAGUUUCCCAUUUGAGUUAUUAACCCUUUCCCGUACAACAUCGAGUCUCACUCGUGGUGUACUUGAAUAACAAAGGGGACUAGAAUUCUCAACAGAGUAGUGAAAUCACUUGAUUUGUGACGUAUUAAAUAAUACGGUAAGGGGUAAUCUCAAGAGAAAGUCAAUGAAAAGAAUAUUUACCAUGUGUUUUGAUUCGGUUUGUUCAUGCUACCCACCACUACCCCUAUUUGGCGCUGCGCACAGUUGGAAUUGACAUGCUGUAGCCAUGUAAAGGCAAUGUCCUGGAAAAAAGGUAAUGAAGAUGGUAGAGUUUCGAGCGACAUAGCAUGCGCUGCCAUAACUAUUUCUCAAAUAGUGACGUCAGUCGUUUUGUUUAUUUUUGAUUGCCCACUGCAUCCAUAUGAAAAUGCUAUUUUCAGGAAGUAAUUUAUCAAUUAAAAAUGUACAUUUUUUCAGAGCUCCAGCUGAAUACGAGGCUAAUGUAAUAGCGUCCAGUGAAUAUUUGUGAAAUCACGUCGAAAAAGACGGAUGAAAGUGAUACAGGUCGGACUCGAUUGUCCGGAGACUCGAUUAUCCGGAAUUUUAGACUCGAUCAUCCGGAGUAUUUUAUUUCUGAUUUUCGGAAAUUUUGAAUAAUUUGUAUAAUAAUCAAAUCAAAUGAAAGUGUUUGACUAGUAGAAUACAGUUGUUUAAGAAAAAUGCAAAUCAAAGAUGGCGGCCGCUACAAAAUGUCGGAUUACAUAUUUUCCAGGUGUAUGGCACGAUUCUCGCUAUCUCACUCUACCUACCGUCACCGCCUAUCUCACUAUCCCUCUGCUGUAAAAGUUCAUUAUCGACAUCACGAUUUGUCAGAUUGUGGUAAAUUGGCUAAAUUGGUAAUUCGCGAUGACAGUGGCAUGGUGUCGACGUCUUGUGGCGACUUCGAAUUAGGGCCAUAAUUCGGGUCCCAAACUUGUUAGUGUAAUCUCUAUCAGAUUAGAAGACACGAAGCCGGUUUUACAUUUAAAAAUUUGAAUGAAAAUUUUCACAUCAUGUUAUUUAAUUACUUGAAACAUGUAUUUCUGACUUUCAUUCAACCAUAUAGCUAUACAAUUCCAACAUUGUUACUGAUUUUUUCAUUAUAAUAUAAAGUUAUCUUCAUCUUCAUUUUCGUAUGAGACUUUUUCCCCACCUGCAAACCAAAGUGUUUUCAAUUUAAAUAGAAUGCUAAUUUGAUAUGGAAAAGCUAAUUUUCAUUUAUAAUUUUAAUUUUGAAAACGUUCAUUCCGACUGAAAAUCAGCUGUUCUUUGAUGCUCCCCUAAACUUGUAAACGAAGCUCAAUGCCGUCAACUCAGAUCGCUGUUUUGAAGAAAACAAAUACUUUUGACGUUUGAGAUGUUGGCACCUAAAACAUGGCGGGUGUCAUACAGCUGAUAUUUUCUCAGAACCUCAUCAAUAUGGGUCCAACUUCAUACACUAGUAAUGAAAAUUGAAAAAAACACUUGAAGUCGAAGAGUUGCUACUAGCCGCGUUCUUAGAUAUUGAAGGAGCGUUUGACAAUGCAUCCCACAAUUCAAUGAGAAAUGCUAUGAUACAGCGUAAUUUCGAUGAAACUGUUGUAGAAUGGAUAUUUCAAAUGCUACAAAAAAGAGAAAUAACGUAUAAUCAGGGAGGGGCCACAGUUACAAUAAGAACUGUGAAAGGAUGCUCACAAGGAGGGGUUCUUUCACCUCUGUUAUGGUCAUUGGUAGUAGAUAACCUACUGGCACUCCUUGAAAGGAUAGGAUUUGAAAUCAUAGGCUUUGCAGAUGAUGUUGUAAUUGUAGUUCGUGGGAAAUAUGAGCAUGUAAUCAGAUACAGAUUGCAAUAUGCUCUAAACUUAACUAUAACAUGGUGUAAUGAUGAGGGUUUAUCUAUAAAUCCUCAUAAAACUACUGUUGUUCCUUUUACACGUAGAAGGAAAAUGAAAAUACCAGAUUUGCAUUUGCUGGGAACUAAAAUAGUGUUUUCUCCAAAAGUGAAAUAUUUAGGAGUAACACUUGAUAGCAAGCUCAAUUGGAACUCGCAUUUAGAUGAAAUAAUACAUAAGGCUACAAAUGCAUUAUGGAUUAGUAAAAGAACAUUCGGUAACAAAUGGGGACUUAGACCUAAAAUGAUCUACUGGAUCUACACUGCUAUAGUGAGACCUAGAAUAACAUAUGCGUCAUUAGUUUGGUGGCCAAAAACAAAAUUCAAGCAUGCUCAGGAAAAGCUAGGAAAAUUACAAAGGUUAGCUACAAUUUCCAUCACAGGAGCAAUUCGUAGUACGCCAUCUAAAGCACUAGAUGCAAUGUUAAAUCUACUUCCCUUAUAUCUAUUCGUUCAAUUGGAGGCGGAAAAAAACGCACUAAGGUUGAAAAGAACAAAACAGUUCUUUGAUGGAGACCUUAGGGGUCAUUUAAGUAUUCUGAAGGAAUUCAAACUUAAUCCGAUACUAACUCAGAAGGACUGGAUGAACAGGCAAUACAACUUUGAACGACUAUUCAAUGUGACUGAGCCAAGCCGCACUGAAUGGGAGUCAGGGGGACCUGAUAUUCACCCAGGAUCUAUAAUUUUCUACACUGAUGGUUCCAGAUUAAACGAAAGAGCCGGGGCUGGAAUAACCGGCCCUGGAGUGGACAUAUCAAUUUCAAUGGGCAAGUGGCCAACUGUAUUUCAGGCAGAAGUACAGGCAAUUAUUGAAUGUGCAACAAUUUGUCUAAGGCACAAUUAUAGACAUGCAAACAUAUGCAUUUUUUCUGACAGUCAAGCUGCCUUGAAAGCAUUGAAGUCAGUUACCUGUACUUCUAAAUUAGUUUGGGAGUGUAUUCAACUUCUUCAAGAGGUAGCUAAAAAACGUGCAUUCUGGGUUCCAGGGCACUGUGGAGUUGAAGGCAAUGAAAAAGCAGAUUUGUUAGCUAGAUGUGGAUCAUCGAAACCAUUCCUAGGACCAGAACCAUUUUGUGGGGCCCCUGAAUGUACCCUCAAAAUGGAAUUAAAGAACUGGGAAAAAUCAAAGAUUGAUGGCAUCUGGACACAUAGUACAGUAGCUCGACAGGCUAAAUCAUUUAUAUCACCAAGUAAAAAAGUAACUGAAAGACUUCUCAGCCUAACAAAAAAAGACCUAUGCACUUUCAGUGGCCUAGUGACAGGACAUUGUCCAAGCAAAUACCACCUAAAGAAACUAGGUAAAUUAGAAGAUGAUACCUGUCGUUUCUGUAACCUAGAAAGUGAAAGCUCGGAACAUUUAUUAUGUAAUUGCGAAGCACUUUUUCAUAGAAGGCGCAAUUUCUUUGAUAAAGGUUUAAUGCAACCUGCAUAUGUUGGAUAGCUUCCCCCAAUAAGGCAAUAAAGUUCAUUCGUGCUAUAAUACCUUAUUGGGAUCAUGCCUACAGUCAGCAAGUGGAAAUCACUCCAACUAAUAGCGAUACGACACCCUGAUAAGGCUUACAACAAAUAGGGGCCCGCCACAAUAGAUCAAAUAACUGGUCGUAGUGGAAAAUGUACCCAACAGGAAAAAAAUGGGUCCAAAAUCAAAUGAAAGGGCUUAACUAGUAGAACACAGUUAUUUAUGAAAAAAGUAAACCUAAAAUGGUCGCCACCACAAAAUAACGCGAUAUAUUUUUGACGUAGGACUACGUCUAACCGGAAGAUAUAGGGGGUGAAAUGGAAAUCUAGGCACUGAACAAGUAGGAAUGCAAGAUUUGGAACGCUUAUAACUCGAGCAUUUCUCAAUAGAUCGCAAAGGUUUUUGCAUCAAUUGAUAGGAAAUAUAUCUACGUAUCUAUCAUUACGAAUAACAUUUCAUUUUUCUUGAGAUAAAUAAUUGAAUAAUUGUGAAAUAUCAAGCAUUGUCAAAUGCACUAUGUGCCCAUUUUUGAUUGGUCCAUUUUGUGCUCCUCAAAUCGUACCGACCAAAACGGGCAACCAGAGCAGCAGCGAAAUAGGAUGAAGCACGAUUGGAAAGGAAAAAGAAAAAAAUGAACGAAACAUUGGUCGCAGUCUCACACAUGCGUAAUUCUCGAGCGAGCCAGACGAUCAUUCUCAUCCAAACCGUACACCACAUCGUUUCGCAUCACAUCACAUCAACAAACUAACACAAGCAGCCAUGUCUGGACAUGGCAAAGGAGGAAAAGUGAAGGGAAAGGCAAAAUCCCGCUCGAACCGUGUUGGACUGCAGUUUCCCGUAGGUGUAUUUGCCAAUUGCUCCGCAAGGGUAGCUAGGCCGAGCGCAUUAUUACCAGUGCACCAGUCCACCUAGCCGCCGUUAUAGAGUUUCGGCUGCCGAAGUGAUCGAGUUGGCUGGCAAAACUGCUCGCGCUUUGGUUCGGUGGACAUCAAGACAACAACAGGCAGACGCAAACGCAAUCGCAAAACGGCAGCAGGUAGCAGAAGAAAAAAGUUUGUUCUUUAUACAAACUGCUUUGGUGACAAAUCCAGAACAAUGCGGCAUC